AGAGGGGAAGAGCGACAGCGAGAGAGAGAGAGAGAGAGAGAGGAGGGUCUGUCGAGGGGAUGAAUGUGUGGUCGAGACUCUGCUGUGGUCAGAAGAUCCGGAGCACACAGAGAGAUAGACAGCAUGUACACCUUCUCCUCGCACCGCAGCAUCAUGGGAGAUGGAGUCUGCUUGGUGGAAGUGAGCAGGCAGCAUGGGCGCUGUAGUUUGUUUUGCAGAGAGCAGACGGAGCUAUGUGAAGACAGAAGGAGCUAACCAGCUAACCAGCUAACGACCAACCACCCAUCUCUCAAGCUCUGUCUCUGUCUAUCCUCUGCUCUCUGCCUCGCCUCCAUCCCCACUGCCCUCUCUCCUCCUCCCUCCUCCUCUCCCCAUCUCUAGUUCCCUGUCUCUCUCUCUCUCUCUCUCUCUCUCUCUCUCUCGCUCUCUAUCUCUCUCUCUCUCUAUCUCCUACUUCUAUCUCCCUCUCUCUCUCUCCCUCCCUUCCCUCUCCCUCUCUUCCUCUCUCUCUCUCUGAGGAAGCCAUGGGUUGUCCUCUCUCUCGGAAAGAGGCCAAAGGUCAAGACCCCACACAUCACCGGCACAGGGAGGAGCUUCACUUCGUGGAUGAGUACGGUCAGCCAAUCGCAGUGCAGGUGGAUGACAGGAGGGGGCGUGGCCACAGGAAGAGGCACGCCGACUACACGGCGGAGAGACAAUGGGACGCCCUGAGAGCCAUGGGGCUGGUGAACAGAGACGACGCCCACAGGGACGAGUACAGCAAUGGGCAAUACUACGGUCACAUGAACCGAUCACCUGACAUGUACUCUGAUCACAUGAUGAUGACCCCUGAACUCUGCCAAGCCAAUGACUACCGGCCCAGCAUGUCAGGGGACCAGCCCUCGGCCCAUAGCUACAUGCCUACCGUCUCCUACAGCCUUGACCACCUGGACAGACUGGACUACCAGGCUCAUGGCUCACCUUACCAACCAAACUCAGAGAAUUGUCUGAUUGGCUGCUACAACACAGAGGAGGCGGGACCAAACCACUUUCACAGACAGGCUGACUUCAGCGCCCCCUGGAGGGCAGACCGUUCUCUGGGCUACCUCCCGCUCAGCGAGCUGGACAGCGGGCUGGGCUGCGGGCCGGACAGCCCCCACCUCCAUCACCAGCUGCUGCUGUCGGAGGUGGAGACCGAUGCCGUGUCCUCGCUGCCCGGCCACACCCCCUCCUCCCCGGGCUCCUCCCCCUCCUCAGAGUCCCUCCUCUCCUCGGAGCCCAGCGACUCCGGGUUCCACAGCGUGAGCACCGGGGAGUUCCGCCGGUUCCACAAGAUGCACGGGAGCCACGGAGCCCACAGACACGCCCCCCCCCACCGCCCAGGCCCCUCCCCCCGGGAGCAGAGAGGACGCUGGGACCUGGAGUCCAUCCCCGAGACCACGCAGGUGAACCAGGCGUCCCGCUGCACCGUGGGGAACAGUGUGACCACCACGGUGCAGUUCCACCGGGCGGAGAAGAGCCCCACCCUGCCCCGGCACCACCCGCCCUCCACCCUCGCACUCGGCUGCCGCACCGAGCCCUGCCAACGGAGGGUGCUGUGGCUGGAGCAGCAGCAUCAUCAUCGGAGGGGCGGGACCAUAGACACACCUGGGCGGAGCCAGACCCUGACGGACCUGAGUGACAGGCAACGCCCUCGCAGAGCCAGCCACCCUAACAUGAACCAGACCGGACCCCCAGGAGCCCCCAGCCCUGCCCCGGAGCCCCGUAGCACGGCCAGCGUCCCUGGUCCCGACCGCCCCACUCCCCCCCCACGCCUCCAGCUCAACUCCCUCCAGCUCCACGACCCCCCCGGGGGCAGGAGUGCGGAGGAGUGGGAGGUGCGCUGGAGGAGCCGGGAGGAGGAGGACUCCCUCUCCAAGAGCCCCGGCUCCGCCUCCAGUCGCGCCUCCAACGGCCGCAGUGUUCAGACUCUGGGGAAUCGAACCAGCACCCCCAGGAGCCACUAUGGCCCCCUCUACAGCACACUGUCCAAUCAGAAGGCGGUGAGGAACCAGCUGCUGCGGGCCCGGGCGUCCCGAUUGGCCAGGGAGCGCAGUGAGGUCACCACGGACGAGGAGGCGCGGGGAGAGGGCGGGGCGGGAGGCGCGGGCUGGGAGGAGGAGCGGCACUGGGCGGGGCGCUACUGGAGCCGCACCGAGCGGCGGCGCCACGCGGCGUUGUCACGGCAACACCGCGAGCGGCGGGGGGGCGGGGCGGAGGAGCUGGCGGCCGGGGGUCAGGGGUCGACCUCCUCCCAGACGGUGCUGGAGCUCAGCCACAUGAAGCAGAACCGCCUGCGCCACAGCAAGCUGCUCGACGACUGGACCACGGUGGAGGAGCUGCUGUCACACGGGACCCGCGUGGACACUGACAGCCAGCUCUGUCGCAGCCCUCUGCUAUCUGUUACUACGGUCUGA